GACAAUAUACAGCACACACCAAUGCCAUCUUAGAAAGGAGGCCACGGAAGAAGAAUAACGCUACACACGCCACCAUUUUGUGAGCAUUUCUACUUGUGCAGUUCGGAGGAACGGUUGUGUGUGUUACAAAGUUAUAGAAACCUUUUUAGUAAAUUUAUUUACCAAAAAUACAAAAUGUCACGUUAUCGUGAAUGGGAUCUUUCGUGCAAAGUAUAUGUUGGUAAUUUGGGAAGUAGUGCCAGUAAACACGAAAUCGAAAGUGCAUUCAGUAAAUAUGGUCCACUCAGAAAUGUAUGGGUUGCUAGAAACCCACCUGGAUUUGCCUUUGUGGAAUUUGAAGACCCACGUGAUGCAGAAGAUGCAGUUAGAGGAUUAGAUGGAACACGCUGUUGUGGAACCAGAGUAAGAGUAGAGAUGUCCUCUGGAAGAAGUCGACGUGCAGGUGGACGGAGACCAGGUCCAAGAUACUCCAGGUCCAGAUCUCGCAGUCCUCGAAGGAGAUCACUGGGUCGUUACCCCAGGUCCUGGUCAAGAAGUCCCCGCAGAUCGCCAAUAAGUCGUUAUUCCAGGUCAAGAUCCCGUAGCCCUCGCAGGAGAUCACUGACUCGCAGCCGUAGCCGAGAUCGUCGUUCUCGUUCGGAUUCCCGUGACAGACGUUAGGUGCUAAAAGUGUUCGAGAGAAUGGACCGACUAAAUGUGCUGGAUGGAAGACAAAAGAAAACCAAUUUUAUAUGUACAUAAAGAAAAACACAAAAAAUAAUCGUUACCACGCGUGUAUACUCGGACGAAGCAAUGAUAAUGAGUAAAACAUUUCAUAAAAUGUGAAAACGAACACGUACGCAACAUUUACAAUUUAAUCUGUUAAUUUUGUACACGCAUAAAAUGUCACCUACGUGCGUAAUAUUAUAAGAUUAUUAUUAUUAUUAAUAUUAUUAUUAUUAUUAUUAUUAUUAUUAUUAUUAUUAUUAUGAAACCACCGGUACACACAUUUGUGCGCGUAUAAACACAUUUACACAAUCACGUUCGACGUACGCGUACCUACACAUAGAUGCAAUAUACACGCAUAUAAGAUUCCUUUUCGUGACGCGAGUUAGCGAGUGUUUUGUAUCUCUUACGAAAUGUGCUCAUUGCUUUAAAGUGUACGAGUGCGAUAAGAGAGAUUCGGUUACAAUUGAGAAUAAUUAACGAUGAUCAACAUAACGGUGAGUGCUUAACUGACGGGAGAAGAUUGAUGCAGAUUCGGGACAAAGACGUUUUUUGGUGUGGAAAAGUUACGGAAGCAGAAGACGGUCGUUUUAUGUUGUAUUAAUUAUUUUGUACUCUUACGAAUCUAAGACUCUAAAAUAAAAGUGUAUCGUAUUAUUUUUUGGCUUUCCUAUUGAAAAAUAGCAAUUUACUAUCUUAGUAAUAAAUUUAUUAAAGUAGUGA